UUCCGUCGCAGCAGCCACUGCCACUGCAAGUGUUUUUCCGGGCCUGAAACGCGAUUAUUCCCAAAAGUCGUAAGAAGUGUGAAAGUGCCGCGAGUUCGGAAAGUGUUUCAUGACAGUUAAAAAGUUUACGACCAGGCCAAGAAUGUGGACUCUCAAUGAACUGUGAAAUAACUUUGAAAAAACUUAAAGUUAAAACUACGAGUAAAAAAAGUUAAAUGAUACGCAUCUCGGUUUUGUUUACCUAUGGCUUUGACAUUGGCGCCACAUUUGCAUCCGGGCAGGUGUAAAUAUUCAUUUCUGUAGCUGGCAAAGUUGCUGCUUGCUUUUAGAAUAAUUAAGCGCAUCAGGAAUUUACCGCCCGCCACCCACACCUUUCACAAAAAGGACCGGAGAAGGACAAAAAACUUGGCCAGAGCCUUGAAACUUUGAAGAGCGGCCGCCAGUCAAAGCAGCUUUAAGGUCCUGUUUUUUGUGUUUCUGUGUGUGUGUGUGUCGCCCCUCAGAGGAUCCCAAAAGCGAAGGCGAACUGCAUGGGUGUCCAGGCAUGUAACCACUUGAUGUGGAGCACAGCGGAGCGAUGAGGCGUCUGAGCUUGGAGAGCACCGCAGCAUGUCCUUGUCGGAACGGAACACACCCAGCCAUGGGCAGGGAUCGGGUGGAUCGGGUGGAGGCGGGACGGGGGCAGCGGGGACGCACCGCCAGCGACCGCCGGACGUGGAGGAGGCGCUCUCCUCGAUGCUGUGGACCCCCUACGAACGGACGCCCCUGCCCAGCUCCUCGGAGGAGGAGGCCGAGGAGGAGGACGACGACGAGCGGCUCAAUCGGCAGCUGCGCAAGUCGCACAGCAGCUACGAGGCCUCGGCCUUGAACCAGCCCCACCACCACACCGCCUCCCACCACCACCACCACCACCCACUUUUCGCCCACCACCAGGAGGCCGUGCUCCUCCCCCCCGUGCCUUCGUUUCCCCCGUUUAGUUUAAGCGCCUUCGACGCGGCAAUCGCCGGCUUCGAUCACCUGGCCAAAGUGGGCUUCUCCGCCGGCGGCGGCAGGCGGAACCGCUACUCCUUCCCCGCCUACCAGGGAAGCCCCUCCCGCACGCUCACCCAGUGGUGCUCCUCGGCCGCCACCUCGAUCAAGGAGCCGCCUUCCUACGAGUCACUGUACACCGCCUCCAACUCGAAUGUGGGCGGACCGCCCUCCUCCUCGUUGACCAGCAAAUCCUGCGGGGAGGAGGAACUCGAACCAUGUGAUAGAUCGCCACGAUCGCCAACGAAAGCAGCAGCAGCAGAGGAUCGGGAUCGGAAUCCAGAUCGGUACGGAGAUGUGAUCAAGUCCAAGGCUGCUCCACUAACGGCUAAAGUUCCCGCUGGAUUGGGUCUAAAGCGCUCCUUCACGGAUGACUACAUUUCGCAGAAUUGCGCUUCUCCAUUCAGCAGCGGCAACAACGUUGAGACAACGGAAACCCAGAGCCCAACAACGAAUGCGAGAUCACAACAAAGCGAAGAAAACCCAGGCAGCAGCGCAGCGAAUUGCAUUAUCAAUGAACAGCAGAGAGACGAAGAGGCGGCAGCAGCAGAAAGUGCAACUGCAACAACAACAACAGCAACAGCAACAUCAUCGGUUGAAGCGGCAACAUCGGGAGGAAAACAUGAGGAAACCAGCUCGGUGGCAGUGCAGGUCAGUCAACCUGUUUCCUGUGCCGCCGGAGAGCGAAGAGAGCCGCUGAGAGCCAGCAACACGCCAGCGAAGCGAGCUGUGAGCAGCAGCAGCAGCAACACGAGCUACGCGAGCAACACCACCGACGGCAGCAGCAACACCAGCGGCGAGCGAGCGGCGAUCAGUGUCUCGGCAACUUUCGGCGGGCCAACAACGAACGCGAGCAACCGGAAUUGCUACUACGCAGGCAGCAGCAAUCGCAGCAGCAGCAACAGCAAUAGCAAUAGCUAUCGCCCACUGUACGACAGCAGCAGCAGCAGCGUGCUGCGGCCCAACAAAUGUUUGGCAGAACUCGAGCGUCUGUAUGCCGAAUUUCGCGCGAGUGAAAGCAGAUUCGAGCGGGGUCUCAGCCAGUUGGACAUCGAAAACGCCAACGCCAACGCCAAAGCCACCGCCAACGACAGCGAGAUGCGUCUAAAUGUGCCAGCCACUGCGGCAGCAGCAACUGUUGCUGGUAGCGCAACUAGCAAUAGUAGCAGCAGCAACAACACCAGCAACAGCAGUAGCAGCAGCAGCAGCAGUGUGUUUCUCAAUGUGUCCGGCAGCAGCAGCACCGACAUCGGCGACAAUCAAGUUGUCGACGAGGCCAAGAGCAUCAGCAACAUUGCGGUGCUGCCAGCAACAACAACUGGAACUUCAAACUCGAAGUCCUGCCAGCGACAACCGAGCCUAACGAUCCAAGUGAACAACAGCAACACUAACGGUACAACUAACGGCAAUCGCGUUUCGGUGGCUUCGCCCACGGCAAUUGUAAACAACAACAACGGUGUGUGCGUUGUCAACUGCAGUUACACCCCCAGCAGCAACAGCAGCAACAACAGCAAAAUCAGCAGCAACAUCAGUAACAGCAACAACAAUAAUAGCGUUGUGGAAAUUAAUAAUUGUGUGCCAGCAGCCAAAGUGUUCAGUGCAAGUGUUGAAAAUAAGCUAAAUAAUAAUGGUAGCACCCCGAGCGGGGAUCAGCAGCAGCAGCAGCAACAUGUUGCAGCUACCACGGCGAGCAAUAAUAAUCACGUGCAGCCGGAUAACAGUGUGAAUAUAAUCAAUGUGAAUGCCAGCAACAAUAACAAUAUUAGCAGCAGCCACCCACGCACCUUCACCUCAACGGAAUGCCAAACGGAUGACCUGACAGCCAGUUCAUCAUCCCAUCUGCAGCAGCAGCAUCAGCAGCAGCAGCAGCAGCAACAGCAGCAACAACAAAUCCGGACACGCGAGCAACGUCGCAAGGAGCGAAGGGAACGACGGCAGCAACAACAACAGCAGCAGCAGCAACAACAACAAUUUCCGCCGCACCAUCAGCGGCGGCACCCCCCUCCUCCUCCGCCACAGUUGCAUCCACCCCCUCACCUGCACCACCCACAUCCCCUUCCCCAUCCCCACCCCCUGCCGCAUCCCCAUCCCGCCGCCAUGGGAUUGGCGCGUGCUCUUCUGCCGGACAUCCUCCACGCCCACUAUCCGCCGCCCUACAGCGCACUGCCCGUUCCCGUUGCCGUUCCCGUACCGCCCCCUCCACCGCCCGCGACAGCAGUUGCUGCGGCUGCUGCUGCUGCGGCGGCGGGACAACAGCAACAUGCAACUCCGGUGCCACCGCCGCCGCCACCGAUGACGUCCGUGAUUUCGACGGUGCCACUGCCGGGUCCGCUGCCAGCGCCGCUCAUGAACGACGGACGCUUCACGCUGCCGCUGCCCAUCAUGCGCAGAUCCCCCUCGGAGAGAUCGGGAAAAGGCUGCUGCGGCCAGUGGUUCGCUGGACCGCCGCUGCGCGCCCUCAUCGCCGUCGUCGCCUUGGGGGGCGUGGCAUGCGCGCUGGGCGGAGCGGCCUUGGGCGCCACAGGGCUCGCCGGACCGCCAAACUCCCACCUCACGGCCGCCCUGCUAAUGAUUGGAGUUGGCGUCGUUUUGGUGACGGUGAGUGGCGCCGCCUGGCGGAUGACUGCGCCGGGCGGCCAGAGUUGCCUUGGCAUCGGACUGGGCACCAGUGUUGACCUCGGCCGCUGCGGUCGGCGGCCCUGCAGCAGAGGAGGAGGUGCCCCGCACGGACUGCUCUAUCCGGAGUUCCAGCACCGCCCACCGCCGCCCUCCUACCAGGCCAGCAUGCAGGAGUACCGGCUGAGACUUUUGCUAUUGGACCGCGAUCGCCAGAACGGCGUGGUGCGUGGAAACUCGCCGCCGCCCACUUAUCGAUCUCAUGCGGGCAGCCUGCUGAGGGCUCCACUGACCACCCUGCGAUCCGGAAUGGGAGGAGGAAGCGGCGGCGGAGGAGCUGGAGGAACCAUCAGCAGCAGCAUGGGCGGAUCGGAGUACAGCUUGCCGCCCAGUUACCGCUCGAGAAACGCCACGCCCGCCAGUCUGGUGUGCAGUGAGCGGAACAUCGAGACGGCGCCUUCUGGAAGACUCCUGGCCAACGAGGACCUCCAGCUGCCGGAGCCAUCGGUGGUGGAGCAAUUGCCGGACUACACGGCGCUGCAGUCGAACACAUUGCUCACCUCGGCCAUCGUGGAGAUAGAGUCCUCCAAUCGCCUACCCGAAAGGGAAGCCAAUGCCAAGAAGGAGGAAACCCACGCGAAGAGCAAGAACAAGGAUCUGGUGACCAUUGUGACCAUUUCCCAGUCACCCGGAAGCAGCAACAGCCAAACUCAAACUCAAACUCAAAGUGGAGCUGGCCAGGCCAGUUCCCUCGAUCAGAUCGAUAUAUUGGCGCAUCUGUAGCGAUCGAGAAGAUCAGUGCGAUCAUUCAGACACUCGUUAACCCAAAGGUAUUUAUUUGUACGGAACUCAAGCUGCUCCUAAAUGAAUGUAAUGUAACCCUAUCUGUAAACCAGUAACUUUAAGCGGCGUUAGCUGGUAAGAUGUUUGUUGUACUUGAAUGUGUUGAAUUUAUUUUUGUAAGCAUUAAGCGGAUGCGCAGCGUAGUUAUUACGAAUUCUAGAUACUUGCAAUUAUACAUACAUGAUAUAUAUAUAUACGCCUACCCAUUGAAGUAUUAAAGUAUCCAAAAAAAAAAAAAACAAAACAAAACACAACACUAAAAGAGAAAAUGUUGAGAAAGAGAAACUUUAAACUAUCGAAACUGUAAAUACGAAAUUUCGAAUGCAUUUCUAGCAACUAAACUAUAAACCAGGCCAGAAUCGAGGAGCAAAAACUAAGUAUAUAGUGUAUGUAGGUGUAUGUUUAUCCCCGGGAUAUCCAUAACUCGCAACGGAACGCUACGGUGACAAAUUUGGCGCGCACUUUCGGAAACCACGAAUAUCCAACUGAAUACUUAACUUCGAUGUCGAUUUCGAUUUCUGAAUGCGUUUCGCACAAAAAACAAGAAUAGUUAGACCUACCCCAUAAUGAUAUGUAAGUUACGACUAAUUGUACGCGUGUCCUGCACGAGUACAACACACAUACACACACUCACACAAGCACAUACACACAUACAUACAAACAUACUGACACACACACUCGAGAACUAACUUAAAGUCCUUUAGCGUAAUGUGCAAGGCGACGUAAACUAAAAACAUGAGAAAUAAAACCCAACAAAUCGUUGAAAAAUGCCACAAAAA